AUGAAAAGACAACAACACAAUUCAAUCAAAGCAACAACACCAGAGAAAAAACCAAAACUCCCACCACACAAUCCAUCAUCAUUGAAGGACAAAAUUACAACCACUAUUAUUCUAGAUGUGAAUAUUUCCUCCAAAAUUCUCCUCACCAAACUAAGACUCACUCAGCACAAGGUCAACCAAAAGAAAAUUAUAAAGCAAGUGGAGAAAAUAAUUUCAGAUAUGAAUGAGGAGGAGGAAGUAAAGAAUUAUAUUGCAAAGAAAGGUAUUGAUUUAGUUCAGUGGAGAAGCUUUUUUGUGGAUGAUGUUUUUCAAGCUGUGCACAUGUAUGAAGCGUAUCAUGCAGUUUACCUUGGUCAGUUGUUUGGCUUGUGGGAUUAUGUGCCAUAUGUCAAAAUGAUGCUUGAGGAGGAGAAAAUUAAAGAAUCUGUAGAUUAUGCUCCAUUGCUUUAUGCAUCUAAAAAAUUAAGGAAUAAUAAGGAGGUUGUAAAGCAUGCUGUCGAACAUUACCAUAAAUCAUUUUGCUAUGCUUCCAAAAAUUUGAAAACUGACAGGGAAUUCAUGAUGGAAAUUGUAAAAUGUGCAGGAACUUGUAUCAAACAUGCUGCAGAAGAAUUAAAACAAGAUAGAGAGCUAGUAUUGGAAGCUGUGAAAAAUAAUGGAAAGGCAAUCAAAUACGUAGAUCAACAAUUAAAAAACGAUAGAGAAAUAGUUUUAGCUGCAGUUUCUCAAAAUGGAAAAGUUUAUUCAAUAUUGGAAGAAGAGCUACAACAAGAUAGAGAAAUAGCCAUAGCUGCAGUAUCACAAAAUUGGAAAGUAUUAUCAGAUGGAGAUGUCCCAAAGGAAUUACUAAAGGAUAGAGAAUUAAUUUUGGCAGCUGUCAAACAAAAUGGACAAGCAUUUUACUAUGCUGAUUAUUCACUCCAAGAAGAUAUGGAAAUAGUUCUUGUUGCUGUUUCAAUAGAUGGAAGAUCUAUUGAAUUUGCUGCUCAGGAAUUAAAACAUGACAGACAAGUAGUUUUGACAGCUGUUAAGCAAAAUGGUAUGAUGAUUCAAAAAAUUGCAGAUCAUUUCAAAAAAGAUAGAGAAAUUGCAAUGGCAGCGGUCAAACAAAAUGGUGAUGCACUCGAAUUUCUUGAUGAGUUUCUCAAUAACAAGGAUUUCCUAUUGGAAGCUGUUGCUCAUGAAGGUGAUUUACUAUUUUUUGCAUCUGAAACGUUCAGGAAUGAUAGAGACCUAGUUAUGGCUGCUGUGAAAAAUGAUGGUGAAGCAAUUCGUUUUGCCUCUCAGGAAUUGAAAUUAGAUAGUGAAAUUGCUUUGGAAGCUGUAAAACAAAACAGAGAAGCACUUAGAUUUGUACCUGAGGAAUUACAAGAAAUCAUCUCCAAAAACUUGUAA